UUGGCUCUGUCUCAACCUCGGCUGCUGACUCUUUAACAUCUAUGAUUGUAACCAACGUUGUCUAGGUAGGCAGCUCACUAGGUAGGUAAAUAAAUAAAUACAUUGAUUAUUUCUAAAUUAGGCUUUGAGUUCAACUUAAUUCUAAUCCGUUGGAGACAUUUGUGUGAUGUGGCGUAAUGGUUAAAAAUCUGGACUGUUAGCUGUAAGCUUGUAGGUUCUAACCCAGCGACGAGAUUGACCAUAAAUAUGCUUAACCAAAUUACUGCAGGUGGACUGAGCCUGUAAUGUGUUUACUGUUAAUUACUUUACCAUCAGAUAAAUGGUAACUUGGAUAAAAUACUUGUUUAGAUUUCUCCAAUUGUUGUUUAUUUGUGUAAUCUGUAAUUAGAGCCUUUAAUUACACAGAAAGAAGUUUUCUUAAUUUUUAGUCUUUAAUUUUCUGUUUAUUUACUUAUUCGUUUUAAGAUAUACUGUGCUCAGAUAUUCAGUUAAUUAGAAUGCCAAACUACAACAGUUACACAGUAAUGAACUAUUCAGGGAAAUCUGAUAUUUUGUUAUUUUAAGUUAAUGUUAAUUUGGUUGUAAGUAGAGUCAUAUCCCUACGCAAUGGCAUGUUUUUGCAUUUUUGCAAUGUUUAAGGUGGUAUAAAAUUAAGGGCUUGACGUUUGCUGUUACUCCUCCUGUCCCUCAAAAUAAUAGAAGAUUCAGCUAAUUAUCAUCUGGGUACAACUAAUAUCACAUGCAUCUGAUCCUGUUUAAACAUUACAGUUUAAACCCUCCAGUUAACAAGCUAAUCACUGUUGCCAUGUAAUGCUGAAGAGAUCUAUUUAUUAUGAUAUUAAAUUUCUGAAAUGUGAUUUACAGAAAAAACACACAAGGAGUACAGCCUUUAAGUUUAGUGUACUGACAUCUGUUUUGCAUCCAGUAUUAUGUGAUAAAUACUUUGGAGCAGUUGUAAAAAAAUAUUAUUAUUAUUAUUUUAAAUAACCAUCUUUGCUCUCUGAGAACUAGGAAUUUGGAUUUAUCAUCCUUCUCUCUUAUUCUUCUAGUACUUUUUGACUAUUUUGUCAUUGUGUUCUUUUGUAGCUUUGCUUUUUGUCUUGUGCGAUUAAUUGAGAACCAUAAUUUUAUUCUUCUGUCUAUUUUUCUCUCUUGGAAAUCAUGUCACACUUGGUUGAUGCCAGUGAUAAAAUGAGUAGGGCGAUUCACUUGUAAUUCAUAACCCGUCUACCCUUUGAGUGUGUGCUGCUCAACCUUAAUUAUAAAUCACACCAAAACGAGGACCUCCUUUGCUCCAAUAUACCCAGAUUCAGCUCUCCCCCCUUUCGUCUGGGUCUAGGAAACCAUCGUCCCUCCUGGCCCUUCAGGGGAUUGGGGUCAAAGUUUGGCGGCGUGAGACACCAGUGUUCAGCUUGUGUCAAAAAGGCAAAAAGGGCAAGCAUUACGGAUGAGCGAUCUCACUCUGGUACACACAAACCCCUGAACCGCAGAGCUUGUAUAAGCAGAAAGAAACAGGGAAUUCCUUGUCUUUCAAGGGAUUCUCUGUGUACAUUGUGGCUUUCUAUUUGGUGUCUAGCCCCACUUUAUAGUUGGACAUAAUUUAAUAUUGGCUUCUGUGGCUGCACUGCCUCUGUCUUGCUCUGAUAAAAUUAGAGCACAUUGUUCUUGUCUGCACAGAUUUCAAAGGCUGACUGUGGUGAACUCUCCUUUGCCGGAGUUCUGUUUGCAUUUCUGUAACAGUAGCGUCAUUUGCCUUAUUUUCAUUAUUUCAUGUGCCCAGAGUUUUUCAUUAAUUUUUAACAUUUUAUAAGGAAGGUAUUUUUCUUCAGGCAGUUGUGUACUAUCAAAUUGCUUAAAUUAAAAAAAUAUAUAUCUCAAGAGACAGUGACCUGGCAUCGAAACCUCUGUCUGGUUAUUGGAUAUUUUGCAUCUACCUGAUUUGUUUUUGAGUGAAAUUAAGUAGAUAGUAUAAAAAGGAAAUUCCUUCCUGAUGCCAAAUUUAAAGGGGGGGAUUACCACCAGGUCUUUCCACCCAUAUUUCUCUCAUUACCUCAUCAUCGCACUACAGUCCAGUUCAGUUUAACAUUGAACCCUCUGAUGUAAGAGGCUGAAAUCCUCUUGUCCAUGUGAGAGGAGAAUGGUGCGCCACGCAGCAGGACAGGAUGGGGUACGGGUUAGGGAAAGAACUGGAGAAGAAAGGAUUUGUGAGUGUUGGCUGGUGUCCCAGAAAAUGUCCCUGCUGUGUUGCAGGGUCCUUCCCCCAUUCUGUCUUAUGAUAGCAUUUUGCUAUAGACUCUAGGUAGAGUAAAGCUUCAUGUCUUUGAGAUUUUGUGGUUGUGGGUUGUGCUUGUUUGUGGAUUAUUGCAUUUCAGAUUAAAACAUUUUUACAUGGCUCAACUUUUUAAUAGUUUUUAGUUAAUUCAUUUUAACAUUUUAUUCACCAUUCUACAAAAACUUUACACUCUACACUUUCAGUGCAAAACAUUACUGGUUGUUUUAUCAUUUUCAGCAUAUUAUAAUUUGUUAGAACACUGUCACAAAUUAUUCUUAGAAUUUCUAGCCAGCUCUUUAACUUGCAGCCAAACAAUCAAAGGAUGGAAUACAUGUAUUAACGAAUGUGAGUGACAACACAGAAUUUGCCCAUUAGGGCAAGUGACAGUUGUGUCAACUGCCAGCCAGCCGUUACUAUCAUUGAGCCCAAAUAUGUACAUAAUGGGAAUUUGCAGUUGUGAGGAAGAACAAAGAGAGCGUACCUCUAAAAUUCCCAUUGGAAAUGAUUAAGAGGCUUUAACACUCUCAAGAAAGUUGUAGUUCAAGAUGGAGUAGAAAUCUUUUUAAUUUUCUUUCAAUUCUUUUCUGUUUUUCUAGUUAUCAUAAUUUUGGUUUUCAAGAAUUUAAACUGAUUUCUGGAUACAGCAGUUGUAUUGUCCUGUGUAUUGAUUCAGUACUGCAUGAGCUCUCAGGCGUACCAUUAAAAAUGAGCGUCUGGUUUUCCUUUCUCUAUUUAUAAAUACUUGUUUGCCGCUAUUGUGCUUUGUACCCCUGACAGGCUGUCAGAAGUGGUUGUCUGUUCUUCUGUGUGUGGCCUCUGCAGUAGCUGUCAGUAUAACCUUCAGGAUGAAAGGAAGAACCAUUCGGGAAUGAUACUGACUCCAUCUCCUGGAGCUGCGUUUUUGUAUAGUGUCUUAUCCGAUUUCACUUUGAUAAAUUCCAUCAGAAUAGAGCUGACAUUGAUGUUUUGACAGCUUAGACAGAGCUGUUGUUCCUCUGUAGGACAAUCCUGGCUUGUUUAGCCUCGAUUUUGCUGCAUGCCUGAUGACUUAAACAUCACAUGGUAAGACCGGAACACAACAUCAGGCAACCAGUGAUUGGUUGAGUUAAGAAUUGUUUACAGUUUUGUUUUAAUUUAUUUACGCUUGUUAUUCUAAACUUUUUUUCGUUCUUGCCUGAAGCACUACAGAAGUGUAGCAGAAGUUGACACUGCUCUUUACUAAACAAUUGAAGUGAAUGGUACGAACAAUGGCUUUUUUGUGCAAAAUAGAAUGACAAUUUAAAUCGUUGUUUACUGAUGGUCUUUCCUACUUGUGAUCUGUUAAUAGCUGUGACCAAGGCAGAGACGGUCUUAUCAUGAGGAGAUACAAGCCUCUGUGGCCUUACCAUUGGACAAAGUUUAACGGUCAACUUGUUUCAUGUCACACAUUGUACACAUUUCAUGUCAUAUCCAAUCACAUUAUAGCCUUGAUGUAAUUUGAUUGCUGUCAGACUUGUGUAAAUUUCGAAAAUAGAUAAAUUUAAAUAGGCUCUCAAUUAAUUAAACUAAUUUAAGUUCCAAUCUAUGUUUUUAUAAAAUUAACGUACAUGUAAUAGUAGUCUAAGCAGUUUAUACAACAGGUCACAGAUCAUUAAGUCAGUGAGUGAACUCAAGAUCCAAAUCAGUUGGAGUCAGGUUGUACGUGACGACCCACCUUUCUAAAUUUAGCAAGUUGUGCCUACUCUCCCCAGUUGCGCAUAUCCUUAGCACUCAGUAAUUUUAGCACAUAGGAAGUGCUAAGCUGCUCUUUAGUUGAAGUUUGAGAAGGCCUCUUGAUGACCCAGUCAGUGCGGUGAACUGCCAAGGGGAGCUGCAGGUUGCUAAUACUCGACGGCAGGAAGGCCAAAGGUUAACGGUUUUUCCCCUCCCCUCUGCUGUGGCCUGCCAGAAGCCCUUGUGAGCACACAAGCCUCUGCUCACAGCCUCCACAGGUCUGGAUAUUAGCCAGGACAGCCCACUCCAAAACACACCACCUUUCAGUGUGUUUUUCUGCAUACCUCCCCUGUCCUGCCCUGCAGGUCCUACCGUAACCACAUCCCUCGCACCACUUCAUCUUAAGCGAUGCUUGACCUAAGCUUGAUCAUGCAACUUGGGAUUUUCAUUUGUGAGAAUUAAUCUCACGCUUUGUUUAUUUAGUUUUUAUUUUGCCUUGAAGGCAUAUGAAUUUUAAUGACUUUUUCCAUCAUCUUUCAUUCUUUUUGAGCUUUUAGAAAGUCUCAAUAUUUUCAUUAACUGGAGCUCAGUGUGCUCUUCAGGUCUCUUGCCCAGGACAAAAUGAUAUAUUUGUCCUGAAUCUUAGGUCUGUUUCAUCUGUUGAAAUUAGUGCAGAUAACUGUAAACAAAUAGCAUUAACUGUGAUGCUUAUUCUUACAGUAGAGCUUAGCACUAACAAUGCCAAGGUCCAUAGGUUUGAUUCCCAGGGAAUUGCAUUUAACGGGCAAAUUGUAUACCUUCAAUGCAGUGUAAAUCGCUUUGGAUAAAAGCGUCUGCCAAAUGCGUAACUGUCAAUGCAAAUUUAAGAGUUAAUUUUUAUUAUUACCUUGUUAGGUAUGGUGAACUACAAAAAGUUUGGUGUUUGAGCUGAUGUGAUCUCUUCAAACCAUCUGUUUCAGUUAAUCAAUUUAAUACUCUGAUUCAACAAUCUAUGACUCUGAUAUGUUAACUGUCUCUCUGUGUAUGUAUAUCAGGGUUGCCAACUGUCAUGCAUUUGGCGUGAGACACACGCUUUCAGGCUUUUUCAGGUUUUUAAAUAUGAAAUUUAAAAAGUUAGUAACUUACAUCCUUUUUUAAAUGGUACUCGUAUAAGUACAUACAAUGAAUGCAACCAAAUACUGAAUUUAACCCAAGUUUAAAAUGGUGCUGAAACAGGCAUUUAACAAAAUAUUUUUAUCCCCUUAUAUGUACAGAAUAUACUUAUGAAUUGAUAUUGAAUCGAGAUCGAAAUCUCCAGAAAUAACACUUCAGGUUAGGGAACACAUAUUCACUAUUAAAUAUGACUUUUGCCUUAGUAAACUCCUGAUUUGCUGCUUAUUAGUUAGUAAGGUAGUUGUUAGGUUUAGGUGUGGGGUAGGAUUAAGGGAUCUAAAAUAUGGUCAUGCAGAAUAAGGCAUUAAUAUGUGCUUUACAAGUACUAAUAAACAGCCAAUGUGCUAGUAAUAUGCAUGCUAGUAAGCAACUAGUUAAUAGAGAGAGUUGGUUCUUAAAAUAAAGUGUUACCAAAUAUAUAAAAUAAGAGUUGCUAAUGGUACAGUGGCAAGAAUAUGUUGAACCCUUUGAAAAUAUCUAGAUUUCUGCAUUUAUUGCUCAAAAUGUGGAUCUCCAUCUAAGUAGCAAUUAACUACAAGGACAAUCUGAUUUAAAAAUAAUAGUAACACACAAACAAUCCACUGAAGACAUUGAGUCAUUAUUGACAAGGCUGGCUGGAAAAAGUAAGUAAACCUCUGUCUUACAAUAUCUCCAAAAGGUAAUUUGCAAUUGGACAUGAGAAUGGAAGUAUGGGUUGCUUAGAUGCCCUGUCUACACAUGAAAAAAUUCUGAACUGUUAUGCUUUCCCUAGGAAUAGAUAACCUGCACAGAUUACUGAAAGAACACAGCAGGCAAUCCUUAAAAAGCUGAGAGAAGCUGAACAUCACAAGCCGAGAACCAUUUGAUGGAAGAAAAGAAAAAGAAAAAGCUAGAAGAAGAGACAAAGAAGGAUACUGCUCAAAAAACGGUUACUGAACAGAAAACCAAAGUGCCAGACUCUGUUAAACCCAAUCCCAGCAUCCCUUCAAGCCCCAUUCUGACCCUGAACCUGCCUGUACCCUCUGCUGCCACCACCAGCAAUGGCAAGCGUAGCCCUUGUAAUUCCCUACAACAGCAGUUACCUCCAUUACAGCAGCCCAGUCCCCGAUAUGUGCCCAGAGAGGUUCCUCCACGCUUCCGACAGCAGGAGCAGAGGCAGCUACUGAAGAGGGGUCAACCUUUACCUACAGGCGUUCUGAACCCGACCUCUGCUUGCACUCAGUCCGGGGUCAUCUCCCCUCCCGAGACGCCCACCAGCAAAAGGCACACGGGACUUCCCCAUCAAAGUGGACUGGGAGCCCAGCAUGAGAAUUGUCUUUGGAGCAUCCCAGUCACAAAAAACAGCAGCAGCAACCAGGAUAAAGUGAACAUUAACUGUAACGACACAGACACUUGGCCUUCCAAUAUAUACGGCAAGAGCCACCAGACACCAGAAUGCACCUUGGACGCUGAACGCACAUCAGAGGUCGUCAGCAACAGUAGCAGCACUAUUAUGGCUACAGGAGCUAGCCAGCAGGGUCAUUACCCAAUCAGCAAAGCCAGCAUUAAUCUUUCUUCUAGUAUGGUCUCUAGUCAAAAUGGCCCUACCAGGGGCUGGGUCUCAGAGGGAAAGAUUGACUUGUCCAUGGGCAGUAGAGGGCAGUCCAGUUGGGGUGCCUCUAAUCUGAACCUGAAUCCCAGUGCCAACCCUGCUGCUUGGCCAGCUCUUGGACAUGAGGGGCCUGGGGUAGGUUCAGGCCCAAGUAGCAUGGUUUGCUCAAAUCAACUUUCGCUUAGUAUGUGUGGCCAAGGAGGAGUGGCACCACCACACGGCACCAAUGGAAAUGGUAGCAUUGGUUGUGUCAAUGGAAACCUUGUAGGGGACUGUGCAUGGGGCAACCCGGAUAUCCCAGAACAGCAUCAGUCACCAACAAAUAAAUCUUUCAACAUGAAACCUCCUAACCUUAAAACUGAUGGACCAAAUAACACUAAACCAGAGCCAAUGAGUCCAGUGAACAGCUGGAGAGGAAACCUCAGUCAGUCACCUACUGAGGCUGUCAGCGAAGAUGGAACUGCCUUCUGGGACAACAGAGAUGCCAAAAAUGGAGAAUCAAAGGACUCAGGCUGGGAUUCUGCAGGCGUCUCCUCUUGGGGGAAGGGAGGAGCUAGCAGUGGUAGCAGCUGGGGUGACUGGGGCAAACAACCAAGCACUGAAGGUACAGGAUGGGAUGCUAACGAUGGUCCUUCCCAGGAACAUAUGAGUUCCUGGGGUCCUGAUACCCCAGCAAGUGAGGGCAGCAGGGAUAGUAGUGAGGGCCACCCAAGAAGAAGAGAGAGGUCCUCAAGUGAUGAUUUGGCCCCUUUGCUCCCAAGGCAAGACUUGGACCCACGUGUCCUCUGCAACACAGGCUGGGGACAGACUCCAGUUCGCCAACACACUGUUUGGGAAAUGGAAGAAACUCCAGACAAAAAGAGUGGUGCAGGGACUGAGGUCUGGGGGUCUUCCUCCAACACACCCUCAAAUGGACCUGCACCACCUCCUCCUGGAUGUGCCAGUCCCAACCUCAGUGCACCUCCUAGAAUGGAGACGAGCAAGAGCGAGGGACCUUGCAGAUCCAUGCCAAAUUCAGGCUGGGGAGGAUCAGUCCCAGCCUCUGCCCAGCCUAACAGUGGAUGGGGGGAACCUCCUGCAAAUAAAAAGGUUCCAAAUGGAUCAGUAUGUGGCUGGGGUGAUCCUGUUGCUGAAGGUCCCAACACCAAUGGCUGUAAUGGCCAGUCUUGGGCUGAGGAAAAGUCCCCUAGCUGGGAUGAUGGUACUUCUCAGAAGAAAAUGCAAAGUUGGGGUGAUAGAACCAAAACUUCCUCAGGCUGGGGAGGUAGUGGCAGCGCAAAUAGUGGAGAGUGGGGUGACCCUACAGAAAUGCGGAAGAAUGGCUCUGGAAGUUCCUCUUGGGACCCUGACAACAGAAACUGGAAAGAAACCCAGAGAGGGUGGGGUAAAGCAGCACCAGCACAGGGUGGUAGUUGGGGUGAUGCUCAACAUUCCAAUGGUUCAGCCCAAGGUUGGGGUGGAAAACUUCAGGAGCCCACUUGUGGCAACGGUGGAACUGGAGGCAUAGGAUCAUGGGGCGGCCCAAAUUCUGUGAAACAGAGCAACUCUGGCUGGACGUCGGGAGGACGACAGGAUAUCGGAGAUGAGGCCACAGGCUGGGAGGAACCCUCUCCUUCCUCUAUUCGUCGCAAAAUGGAAAUUGAUGAUGGGACCUCCACCUGGGGUGACCCCAGUGCUUACAGCAAGAGUGUGAACAUGUGGGACAGGAAUAACUCCCAAAAUCAUCCAGGAACUAGCAACAGUGGCAACAGUAAUAGCCUCACUGGGCCAAACAACAACAGCAAUCAUCACCAACACCACAGCCAAGGUCCCACUCAGAACCAUGUCAGUGGUAGCAACAACAAUGGCUCACCCAGUCAAGGUGAAACUCCUCUCAGCAGAAUACCCAUGGUGAAUCCAGGCUGGGGAGACCUCCCUAAUGUACAGCCAAACACAGAAUCCUCUUCAUGGGGUGAGUCAGCCAAUUCCAACCCUUCUGUGGACAAUGGAACUUCAGCUUGGGGCCAGCCCUCUAGGGGCUGUGGGGGAUGGGGUGAAGGUGGCCAUGACUCCAGUGGACCUUACGGCAGAGGAAAUGCACCUGUUGGAUCAGGCUCCUGUCAGGAAGGUCCCAAAUCUAUGCAAGAUGGCUGGGGAUCAGGAGGGGAAGAGAUUGGCAUGAACAAUGGCCAAUGGGAUGCUGAUGAUGGUGACAUGUGGAACAGUCCUACAUCCCAAGACUCCUCUUGUAACUCCUGGGGUCAAUCCAAGAAGGGCCCACAAAGGGGCAAGGUCUCCAACAAGCAGGAUGAUGUUUGGAUUAUGACCAGACUUAUCAAGCAGCUUACAGAUAUGGGUUUUCCAAAGGAUCCUGCAGAAGAAGCCCUGAAGAGCAACAAUAUGAAUCUGGAUCAGGCCAUGAGCGCUUUGUUGGAGAAGAAAAAUGAACUGGACAAACGGGGGAUGGGCAUGUCAGACUACAGUAAUGGAAUGAAUAAGCCCAUAAUGUGCCGACCCACAAACCUCUCCAAAGACCCCUCACUGGAUCGUGCCCCCUUCCUGGACAAGGACGGUAGGCUGUCAGAUGAUGCUUCAACCUCACCGUUUAUGCCUUCUCCUGGCCUCAAGCUCCCACUGGCCAAUAGCAGCCUCCCUAGCCACGGAUUGGGUGGGGUCUCCUCCGGCCUUUCCAUGCAAAACUUGAACAACAGACAGAUGCAGAAUGGAAUGUUCGGCACUAACGGAGCAGCACAAACUCGGGUCAUGCAGCAGCAGGCCCCUCCCCCUCAGCCACCAGUGCCACCUCUUAGCUCCGCCCAGCCUAGUCUACGUGCUCAAGUGCCUCAGCUUCUCACCCCUCAGGUUCAAGCACAGCUCUUACAGUUUGCGGCAAAAAACAUUGGACUGAAUCCUGCACUUUUAACCUCACCAAUAAAUCCUCAACAAAUGACCUUGCUCUACCAACUACAACAGCUGCAGGUGGCGUAUCAGCGUUUGCAGAUUCAGCAGCAAAUGAUGCAGGCUCAGCGUAAUGUCUCUGGUCCCAUCAAACAACAAGAGCAGCAAGUUGCACGUACAAUCACAAACAUGCAGCAGCAGAUCCAGCAGCACCAGCGUCAGCUGGCCCAGGCUCUGCUUAUGAAACAGCAGCAGCCUCCACCUUCCUCUCAUACUGGCCUGCACCCAAACCUUGGAAAGGCAAGCCUGGACACUUUCACGGGUCACCCUCAGACUUCAGGCCUCUCCGUCUCAGACCUGCAGACCAAAGAGCAGCAGUCUUCUCCAAACUCCUUCAGCCCUUAUACACUCUCUGGUUUGAACCCGAACAUGAAUGUAAACUGUAUGGAGGUGGGAAGUCUAUCUCUCAAAGACCCCCCUCAGCCUCAAUCCCGGCUCUCACAGUGGACUCAUUCAAACUCCAUAGAUUCCCUGACAGCUAAUGCUCAGCACUUGGAGGCAAACCUCAAUAAGCACGGUUCAAUCUCUUCUGCUCAGUCCCAUGUGCCUGGAAAGAGCACCAUGGAAGAUACCUUCAGCCCAUACAAUCUGAUGUCAAGCUCUGAAUCCCCCACUAGCACCUUGGUGACUCCAGAGAGCUGGACACAGGGCAAAACUCCCAAUGAGAAAAUCUCUAGUAACUCCAAUAUCAGCUGGCCUCCAGAAUUCUGCCCUGGGGUGCCAUGGAAAGGUUUGCAGAACAUUGACCCCGAGAAUGACCCCAACAUGACCCCAGGAAGUGUUCCAAGUGGCCCCACCAUUAACACUAACAUACAGGAUGUGAAUCGCUACCUGUUACGGGACAGGACUGGAGGUAAACUCUUGGAAAUGAAGUCUACCUGGUCCCCUGGACCCAUCUCCCACACACAGGCCUCUUUAUCUCAUGAGUUAUGGAAGGUUUCCCCAGGGACACGCAACUCCAGUGCUCCCUCACGCCCCCCUCCAGGCCUGACCAACACCAAGCCCUCCUCCACCUGGGGAGGAAACUCUCUUGGCCUCAGCCAGGGCUGGACCAGCUCUUACUCUUCAGAAGGGGGAACUUGGAGCACUGACAGUCCCAACAGAGGAAGCAGCUGGCUGGUGCUGAGAAACCUCACUCCUCAGAUUGACGGCUCCACCCUGCGGACUCUGUGCAUGCAGCACGGCCCUCUCAUUACCUUCCAUCUGAACCUGACACAGGGCAAUGCUGUUGUACGUUACAGCUCCAAGGAGGAAGCUGCCAAAGCCCAAAAAUCCUUGCACAUGUGUGUGCUGGGUAACACUACCAUCCUGGCAGAGUUUGCCGGUGAAGACGAUGUGAACCGCUUCUUUGCACAGGGCCAGUCCCUCACCCCCACCACCAGCUGGCAGGCCAGCCCAGCACCAGGCUCCAAUCAACCUCGGCUGGGCAACCCUGCUGCCAGCCACCCCACAGGCCUCUGGAGCGGGGGUGGAGGAGGUGCCAAGACAGUCUGCAGUACUGGGAACAGCAGCAGUGGAAACGGAGGUGACCUGCUGUGGGGCGGUGUGCCACAGUACUCCAGUUUGUGGGCUCCCCCAAAUGGAGACGACACCAGGGUAAUCGGCAGCCCCAUCCCAAUUAACACUCUGCUCCCGGGAGACCUGCUGAGCGGAGAGAGCAUGUAGGAUGUAUCGGACAUCAUAAACCAACAAAGUCAAAAGACCUAAUGGAUCAAAACCCAAGCAAAUCAAUGUGGCGAUAAUCACUUUUUGUGGAGCUGUAAUGGAGGUUUAGGGUGAAACUAAGCUGCAAACCUCCCACUGCUGUUUAUUUGUCCUCUGGUUUUUACGUCAGACUCUUUGGUGUGUUCGUGGAUCUUGUUCUUAGUGUUCAAAGACCUUGAGAAGCAAGAAUCAAUAGAAGCAGAAGCCUUUUGAUGCUUUUUUUUAUUUCCAAAGGUUGUUUUUGCUCAAAAGUGUUGUUCAGGAGAAGCCAUCAACGAGGCAGCCAUCUGAAAGUGACCCAGGCACAGUGAGACCUCAUGACACCUUUCCCUAUAACGACACUGUUCUGAUGAUUGGAAUGAUCCUGGUACUUUUUUUUUUUUUUUGGUUUUAAACUUUGCAUAGUUUCUUCAGAACUUAUAUUAGCCGUAAGUGCUCUCUCUCCAGGUCCUCCUUAAAAAAUUUUAUUUUAUGAAACCAACAACAAAAAAAAAACUAAACAAACAAAAAAAAACUUUGUAUCUUGCACAGUUCUGUUUCUGAGCCAGCGAAUAGGCCAGAGCAAAUGAGAAGAACACUCCUAGCAGUGGCCUGUCAGCAUGACUAAUCGCCAAUGAUCUUUUUUUCUUUAGUUCUUUUAGUUUUACAAAAGGGAGCUGCACUGCUCUAUGAUUUCUAUUUACUCACGCCAUUUUUUUUUUUUUUUUUUUUUUUUUUUUUUUAAUGUGUAUGGUUAAAAAAAUAAGCUGAAUGUUAAGCUUUGAUGUAGAUGAAUGAAUGUCAUUGUGUCUGCUGGAACUUGACCAAGCAUCUGUGUGCGAGUACAUAACCACUGUUAAAAACUCUCAGUGGAGGCUUUUUAAUUAUACCUAAUGGACUUCAGUGCUGAAUCAAUCAGAACUUAUUCAGUUACUAUGUGAUUUAUCGAUCGGCCAUUUUUAUUGAGAUACAACCAAGACAAGAAACUCAUUCUGAUGCAUUGUGCAAUAGAAGCCAGAGACCCUUUCUUCCGUCCACACUGAAGCUUAUUGAAACUUAAGACUCCUUUUUUCUGAAGAUUUUUGAAGAAUUUAACCUUUGGACUCAUUUUCCCAACUUGCCUUUGUCUGUCUGGCUUGCUGGCUGUUCGGUAUUUGCGUGGAAAGGAGGAACUGUUAAUUGUGUUUGACGUCACUCCAUGCAGUUUUUAACUCGGCAUGUGUGGGAUUACACAGUCUCCAAGCCACUUCUUCACCAAACAGAAACGGAAUCCAGAGCAAAGACACAUGGCGCGGGAGUCAGGCACAAUACCAAAUACAAUGGGUUCCUCUUAAUGCAGUACAGGAUAAGAGACCCUUGCAUUUGGUACAAACAUAAAAGACAUCUACGCUUUCAAUGUCUCUUUUUAAAGGGGUAUUAUCAUAGCACUUAUUACAAGAGUUAUGCUCCUUCUGUGAAGCCAAUAAAUCAGAUAACGGAGCAUAUAGUAAAAAAAGAAAAAAAGGAAAAAAAAAAAACUAAAACUUCUUAUGGCAACUUUUAACUUUUUGUUUUUUGUUUUGUUUGUACCUUAUUGGUAUUCAAAAAAGCUUAUUCGUUUUUUCGUCCAUCUCUGUUCCAGAAACUUGAGUGCAGAGAAAAAGAAAAAAAAAAUCAGAAUGAAGGGAAGAACAAACUCUACAAUCAUACAAAAGUUGCAAUGUAUGUUUUUUGUGUCUGUACUUUUUCCCCCCCUCUCUAUCAAAGUGAAUGUCAUUGUUACACAAAUGAAAUAGUCAAAUGUCUUUAUCUGUCUGGAGGAGGCACCUCAGUUAGAUUGGAUUGAAAAGGAGGAUGUGUUAGUGCCUCAAUAUGGAAACUGAUAGGAGAAUGUUUGAUUCUCCAUCGCAACUCUCUCCGUGCACCUAUUACAAUGGAAUGCAAGACAAGGACAGCAAUGACAUCAUGAUAUGGACGUUGGCGUCAUCAUUUAUCAUUUUCGUCCUAUUUGUAUUAACUUUGGUACGGAUCUUCGAAUGUCCCCCCGUUCCUUUUCUGGAUAACAUCACACCUCUCACACGUCCUUACCAACUCCCUCCCUCGCGUGGUCUUGCAUGAUCUUUUCCGCUGGAGUUGAAGACUGAAUGGAAUCACCAGUGUUUUUUUCACAUUCUGUUGGUCUUUAACUGCCUGCAGUGCUCAUAUGCAGAUACACUUUAAAAGAGGUGCCUCUGUAUACCUGUCCUGUGUAACAAAUGCAACGAAGAUCGAUGGUGUGGGCCAUAUUUGUUUCGUUUCUGAUGUUAACAGUGUUCUUAGGUCAUUUAGAUUAGGGCCUCUUUUGUUGAUGUGCAUGUGUGUGUGCGUGUGACCUCACCCUGGGUGUCCCACCUCUAACUCAGCUGCUAACAUCCUCUUACUCUUGUGUGGCCUCGGUGAAGCCAACCCUGUUAUCGAGACAAGCCACCCGUACUUGAAAAGCCCUGUCCGAGCAGUGUUUCUGUGGACAGACUCUUUCUGCCACUGGCUCUUUAACUACAGCACGCUGUCACUAUGCAAAGUUAGAGAAGAAGGGCACGUAAUGUCCGCCCUGCGCCAAUCUGUGGCUUUGAAAGGAAGUUGGAAAUAUCUCACAGUCCUCCCGUAAUACUUUCUUACAUGCUCAAGGCCAUUGUCAUCCUUGUAAACUUAGAAUGUUUUCUGACAUUAAGCCAAUUACAAUUUUUGGAGGUCUGUGUGUUAAUUCUGCUGAAUUUGAUAAAUCUCAUUUCAAUACAAUCUCAGGGCACGACAAGAUGAACUAAAUUUAUGUUUAUGGAAAGAUGAUCGUUUUGAAGAUUUAUCAUUUGUAAGCGGUUUUACACAUUAAAUGAGGUGUGAAGCUUACAAAGCGUACAUUAAGAUUAUGAAAUGCAAGAGGAUAUUUAUCAGUGGGGCAAUAAAUUUAGGAGGGUGGCUAGUUUGGGUCUUCUCAAUCCUUUUGAACUGCAGAGCCAUCAGUAAAUGGGACCUGUGUAUCUUACCUCUCUGCUGCUGGUUGUGUUGAAUUCCCUUAUGGUCUCAUGUGCCAAUAUAUACAUAUAUAGAUAUAUGUACAGUACACUGUGGCAUCUCUGACUUCACAUCUUAAAUUCCAAUGUGUGUCGUUUUGUUGUAGAGCACUUCUGUUCGGAGGCACUUUGAUGAUUCUUGUGUGUUUGAGGUGGGAUUGGGUUUAAAGGGUUGAGGAUAUUCGUCAAAUAUAUUUGUCACCUCAUGCUGAUUAUUUGUGAUAAUCUCGUUGCUGUCAUUGGAAGAAUCCUUUAUAACAAGCAAGAACUUUAACAGCAUUGGGGAUUAUUGUGUGCUAAUAGCAUAUAGAUAAAUGAGUAAUCCCUGGUACUUUUUUUGAAUACCAAAAAUGUAAUAGCAUUUUAAUAUCUUUUUUUUUUUAUAAAAGUUUGACAAAAACACGUAAACAAUGAAGGAAAAAAAAAAGAUCUAUAACGUUUAAAAAUGCACUUCUUGCUGAUAUUAUCUCCUGUUUGCUGGUCACGAAGGUUGACAGCAAGCUGGAGUGCCUUUUGUGUAUGCUGUAAUAAUUGUUUGUUUGUAAAAAAUGAGGCCCUGAACUGUACAUUUCCAUCUCAGUCUCAGUUCAUUUUGGGCCUUAAUGCUGUAUAAACCUUUUUUUGUUUUCUUUUGGGAAAAGACAUUUCGACAGAUGUGUCUUAAGAUGCUAAAGUUGUUCAUUGACUUAUUUUUUUCUGUUUCUGGGUGGGGGUGGGGGGGAUCACUGUUGCCUGUGUAUGUAACUGCCUUGUUCCGAACUCAGUCGCAGCUGACUGACAGCGAACCACAAUGUGGCUGUAAUUCCAAACAGUCAAACAUCACAGGAAGUCUCUGGUGACACCAGCAUAGGUAGACUACAGCUAAGCAUUAUCCUGUAUAUUAUCAUGCUCAUUAUGUAUUAGAAUGCUAUCAGAUCUCUGAAUCCUUCCCUUUUGAAACUACUGGGUAAAAUAUAAUUUGAAAUAAGCAAUAGACCUUGAUCCUUACAGUGUGUCAUCUGAGAGAAUUUGCCUAAAGGAAAAAAAAAAAGUGAUCAAUGAUAGAUCUGAACCAAACAGUCUUACUGGAGUAGCAUGUUUAAAAUUAAAUGACACAGCACAUACAUGCAGUAUUUGUGUAUACCUUCAAUCAUUAUGUUGAAACCCAUAAUUAUGUUUCUCUAGGCAAAGAAUGGAAAAUCAUAAACAUAUCAAAAAAAAUAUCUUCACCGAUACUUGAAUUAAAGUGCGCCAAUUGUAAAAUGUGAACUUAUUUUUCUUAAAGUUUUGUUUCGGUCUGACAAUUUCAAGGUAUUUGAUAACAUGCUCACAAGGUUUAACAUUCUUCAUGAGAAAGAUAAAAAUUGCGAUGUUUAUAAAAAAAAGUUUGAAUGUGUUUGAAUGGUUCUGUAUGUGCGCUCUCUAAUCACUGCUUCUCGUCACGGGGCGACUGUCUGCAAUUAUGAUCCAUUUAGUAUGUUGUACUGUCUCUGUUAUUUUUAUGUGCGUUUUAAAAUUGUUCCAACAUGGUUACUAUCUAGCGUUGCACUGAGUGUCUUUCCCUUGCUCAGCUAUACUAAAAAAACUGAAAAUUGCAGGGGAGAUUAUGACAAUUCAUGUGUUAAUGUUUACUCAAGGACUUUAUGGAUUUUAUUUCAUCUUAAAAUGUUUAAAACCUGUAAAAUUGUAUCCUCAUAGUGGCUUUUAUUGUGGAGUAAUUCCCACAGGAGUUAUCAUUUCAAAGAGUGUUGCAUCAUUUCAAUUGCAUUAUUUAAAAAAAAAAAAAAAAAAAAAAAUUAAAUAAAAAUGUAAAAAACACACCAAAAAAAAUUGAAGAUAAAAACUGAAUUUUGGCCAUAGUGAGAAAGUUGGUAGAGAAGCAGUUACAUUCAUGGUUGAACAGUAAAGAUAACCAGAUGCUAGUUAGUGACAUUCUGACUCAUUUCAAAAGGUGCCUCUCUUUCAUUCUGUGAAAUUCUUUUUCUUUUCAGAUCUACCUACCGUUUACAAAUGGUUGAAUUGUCUGAAUUAGCAAAAACAUUAAAAAAAAAAAAAAAAAUUGAUUACAAGAAUGCAAGAACUUUUUACUAUUACAUCUUCCAUUAAAUAAAUGUGUAAAAAGAAAAAAAAAAAAAACCUUUUCAAAUGAAGACGUAUGCUACUUGCUGAACUCUGGGAUCGUUUCAGUGUUGCAUUGUAUUUUGCUUAUGAAUUACAUUAUUGUUGUUGGUUGAACUGAUGCCGAAAUGUCUUUAAAGUUUAAUUUCUGUAAAAGCAACAUGAUUCUGUCACUGUCUUGCACACUGACAAUGGACUUGGAUAUUUUCUCAGGAAGAUUAGGGGUCCAGAGUUCCAGUUCCACUGUUAUAAUGUUGAUUAUCAUGAGAAUUUAACAAAUCGAUUAAUGAAAGAGGAAAAAGGAUGUUGAUAGAAAUCCAGCUCUGAGCACUGAAGGUUAUGGAUUUAAAAAUGUCUUUUUGAAUUUUAAUCCGUAGCAGACACACAUUUACCAAAUAUUAGAUUUGUAGUGAACCUAUGCGUUAUAUUUCUUGAAGUGGAGUACUUUCCAUUUGAAAUAUGUUUGUUUGUAUCUAUCGCUUUAUGUACAAAUACAGUUUUGUUUAUUGGUUAGGUUGUGGAAGGACCUACCACUGUUUGAUUUUACCUUGCCUGAUGUAUCUCAACGAGGUCCAGUAAAAGAUGCUUGAUAUUCCAUCCUCUUGUCUUUACUUGUUUUAAAAAAUCAGUAGAGGCCUGUAUGCAAAGGCCUGUGAAUUGUAGAUCAACACAGAACUUGAACUCUUACCAGAUUUUCGUAGUUUUUGAGUGCGGGAUGAAAAUACUCCAAGUGAAUUCUCCAUCUAGGUUUUAAAACUAGAUGCAGAACCAAGAUGUUGUGAAAGGAUUAAGAAUCUAUGCACAAGUUUGAGGGGACAGUAUGUCCAGACAUGCUAUUCUUACAUAGAUACAAGGAUCUUUUUAGUAGGGUGGGGUGGGGGGUUGUACACCUGUUUCAAGUUUCUUUGUACAAGUUUUGAUUUGAAUCAGCAGAUUAAGGUUCAUAACCAAUGCUCUGUGUCUCUCAACCAGGGAGCAUCAUCCACCUAGCACUGUGGGUUUAUGCAAAUCUCUGACAUUCUGGUGUUUAAAUGAAUGAUGCGUUGUGAAAGGGAAUUUAACUGUUUCUCUUUAUUGUUCAGAUAUUAAGAACAUGACUGUACUGAGAUUUAACCUUGUUGCUGGCUUUUUAAUGUUUUUUUUUUUUUUUUCCUGUUACCUUUAAAAGGACAGUUGACACAAAAAUGAAAAUCCUGUCAUGUUUUACUAACCCUCAAGUUGUUCCAAAUCUGAGUUUCUUUCUUCUGGUAAAUACAAAAGAAGAUAUUUCACAAAAUGUUGGGAACUUAACAGUUGCUGGUAGCCAUUGACUUCCAUAGUUUUUUUUUUU